GACACCGGGAAGCAGGUACAGCAGUGCAAAGGGUAUGCUGCUCCGCCGUCCCCAAAUAUAAAUAUAACUUUGCCAAGCUCGUGGAGUGCUCGGCAGCAAGCUGACAACAUCGGGACGAAGACACCAGAUUUCAUCAGAGCUGACGUGAAACGCAGGAUGCCUGGCUCAGCUCCAAUUAGCUGUUUGGGACCAUGGCCCAAAGAUGUGGGCGUCAUCGCCAUGGAACUGUACUUCCCAUCCCAGUAUGUGGACCAGGCUGAGCUGGAGCAGUUUGAUGGUGUGUCAGCUGGUAAAUACACCGUAGGUCUGGGCCAAGCUCGCAUGGGAUUCUGCUCGGACCGGGAGGACAUCAACUCUCUGUGCCUGACCGUGGUCCAGAGGCUGAUGGAGAGAAACGGCUUGUCCUACGACAGCAUCGGUCGACUGGAGGUUGGCACGGAGACCAUUAUCGACAAGUCAAAGUCUGUGAAGACGGUCAUCAUGCAGCUGUUUGAGGAUUCUGGUAAUGCAGAUGUGGAGGGCAUUGACACCACAAACGCCUGCUACGGUGGUACAGCUGCACUCUUUAACGCUGUUAACUGGGUGGAGUCCAGCUCAUGGGACGGCCGUUAUGCUCUGGUGGUUGCCGGAGACAUCGCCGUCUAUGCCACAGGAAGUGCCCGGCCUACAGGCGGUGCAGGUGCAGUGGCCAUGCUGGUCGGACCCAACGCUCCUCUGGCCUUUGAACGAGGUCUGCGGGGAACACACAUGCAGCAUGCGUACGACUUCUACAAGCCGGACAUGGUGUCGGAGUACCCCGUGGUGGACGGAAAGCUGUCCAUAGAGUGCUACCUCAGUGCCUUGGAUCGCUGCUACUCCGUCUACCGCAACAAGAUCCACGCACAGUGGCAGAGAGACGGCUCUGAGAAACACUUCAGCCUGGAGGACUUUGGCUUUUUAGUCUUUCACUCUCCUUACUGCAAACUGGUUCAGAAGUCGCUGGCUCGACUGAUGCUGAAUGACUUCCUGAACCACCCCGCCCCCAACACCGAGACGGGACCCUUCACAGGCCUGGACGCCUUCAGAGAUGUGAAGCCAGAGGAGAGUUACUUUGACAGAGAUGUGGAGAAGGCCUUCAUGAAGGCCAGCGCAGACCUGUUUGAGAGGAAGACCAAGCCCUCCUUAUUGAUCUCCAACCAGAACGGGAACAUGUACACGCCGUCUGUGUACGGCUGCCUGGCUUCGGUCAUCGCAGAGCACGCACCGUCUCAGCUGGCAGGACAACGGAUCGGAGUUUUCUCCUAUGGAUCAGGAUUUGCCGCCACCUUGUAUUCUCUCAGAGUCACGCAGGACCAUACUCCUGGGUCCAGUCUGGACAAACUGGUGUCCAGUCUGAGCGACUUGAGGGUCCGACUGGACUCCAGGAAGAAGGUCCUACCUGCUGUUUUCUCCGACAGCAUGAAGCUCAGAGAGGAGACUCACCACCUAGCCAGCUACGUCCCCCGAGGCUCGGUGGAGGAUCUGUUCCCUGGAACGUGGUACUUGACACGAGUGGAUGAGAAACAUCGCAGGGAAUACGCCCGCAGACCCCUGGACGAAGACCUGUCGGUGGAGCCAGAACUGGUUCGUUCCAGCUCAGCCACUGAGCACAUCCCGAGCCCGGUGAAGAAGAUGCCUCGCAUCCCUGCAGCUGGACCUGAAGCCACCAGCAGCAACUGACAGCAUCCAGCUCCCCUCCGAGAGGCGACCCAGUCCAGCAGCUAGUAGAAUGUAAAACCUCACAGUACCACAGUUCUACUGGUACGCACAAGAAGGCAGCACCACCUCCAGAGGUGGAGACGCUCCUGCCCAGCCUGAAUCUCUCAUCAUGUCAGAUGAAGAUACCUCUCAUAUCUGAACUCUCCUCCGCUUCGGUUUGAAUUUAUUUUAUCACUGCAGCUGCAGACUGCGUUUUAUUUGAGAGGAAACAGGUCCCGUUUUCAGUCAGUAAGAAGAAAAAAACCAUUAAAUCAGCUGCUGCCGCGCUCUUCUCCACCCUGCUGCAUGUUCUUCAGCUCUGCUUCACCACCGGACCUUCCUGGCGUCCAUCAUGUGACCUCCCGACCAAACAUCAGGAACCAUGAAGGCUUCAGAACCGACUGGCUGGUCUUAGACCCGGCAAAGCUCCAGACUUGUCAGCGUUACAGGACCUACAGAUGAAUAAUGAUACUUGAAAGGCUCUGCGACUUGGUUUUAUUUAGGGAAUUUUAACUUAAACUCCAGAAUCGCAGCCGAGGGAAAAUAUUCAUACAAAUCCCUGAAAAGUAAAGUUUGAGAACAGAACAUGUCCUGUAAGGUUUGAACGUCUCCACCUUCCUCCACCUUUCCCCCUGGUUCUUCUUCACAGCCCAACAGUAAAAGACAGAUUUUAAAGGUUUAUUCUGCGUCAGAGCAGAUUUUAGCAUCGCUCUGACGUCCGACUUCUCAGUUUGCCAAAUACCCGUAACUUGGCAUCAGCCAAUCAGAGCUGCUGUGGACCUGCAGCCUCCUCCACACACACAAACAGAUCUCAUAUCAGCCUUCAAACAGCAGCGCUGGUUCCUGCUGGUUCUGGUUCUGACUCAGGUUCUGGUUCUGGUGGGAAAGUAAAUGUGAAGUCGACUUCCUUCUGGAGAAGCCUUACAAACUGUAGAUAAGUUUUCAUCCAAUAAUGUACAGAUCUAUUCUUUUAAAUUGUACAGUCUUGGUUCAGUGAUGUUGGGCUGAAUGUGCACAGUGUGUGUGUGUGUGUGUGUGCUGUCUGGCUCAUGGGUCAUGUGAUCAUUUCUAGAGCUGAUGCUAGUGUACAGCACAAAGUCUAAUGUAUGUGGUGUAGAUAUGAAAGUCAUCAGCUGGAUUCAGACGUUUGUAUAAACAUGUAGAGAAUAAACAAAGAUGAAACAUU